AUGCCGCGGAGGAAACAGCAAGCGCCCCGGCGCUCGGCAGCAUACGUGCCAGAGGAGCUAAAGGAGGCUGCCUUGCUAGACGAGGAUGUUGAGGGAGAGGAUUCUGCUUUGGAGGAGGAACCUGCCAUGAAAUAUGUGUGCCAGGACAAGGACUUACUCCUUAAAGACAGGCCAGGCUUCCACGACUCUCCACCAGCUGAUUUCUCCAGCCAUGAGAUGGACAGCGAGUCCCACCUGAGUGAAUCCAGUGACCGCAUGUCAGACUUUGAGAGUGCCUCAGUGAAGAAUGAAGAAGACAGCUCGGCCAAGGAGCCCCUCACCUCUCUUUCUUCGACUUCGUCAAUGAUGAUGACGACAACAGCCACACCAAGCAGCGAGGAAGCCACACCAUUAGGCCCAGACAGCCUGGAACAGAUGAAAGCUAUCUACACUAGCUUCUUGACCAACUCAUACUGGUCAUCGCUGAACUUGAAUUUAUCUCAGCAACCACCAGAAAAGCCCCCACGUAGCCACAGUAGUAGCAGCAGCAGUAGUAGCAGCAGCAGUAGCUGUGGUAGUGGUGGAUACGACUGGCACCAGACAGCAGUGGCUAAGACCUUGCAGAAUGUUUCACAGAACCAGAGUAGACUACUGCACCCAGCAUCCGAGCCUAACCUCUUCAGUACUGUGCAGCUUUAUCGGCAGAGCACCAAACUCUAUGGCUCCAUUUUCACUGGGGCAAGCAAAUUUCGCUGCAAAGAUUGCAGUGCUGCCUAUGACACUCUAGUUGAGCUCACUGUGCACAUGAAUGAGACGGGCCACUACAGAGAUGACAACCAUGAGACAGACAGUGAAGGUACCAAGCGCUGGUCAAAGCCUCGCAAACGUUCCCUCCUUGAGAUGGAAGGAAAGGAGGAUGCCCAGAAAGUUCUCAAAUGCAUGUACUGUGGACAUUCCUUUGAGUCACUACAGGAUCUCAGUGUUCACAUGAUCAAAACGAAACACUACCAGAAAGUGCCUCUUAAGGAACCUGUAACUCCUGUGGCAGCCAAGAUUAUCUCCUCAGCUCGUAAAAGAGCCCCUAUUGAGCUAGAACUCCCCAGCUCACCAGAUUCUAACGGUGGCACCCCCAAGCCUUCUUUAUCUGACCCCAAUGACCUUCUGCAAAAGACCCCUAAUCCUUACAUCACACCCAAUAAUCGGUAUGGACACCAGAACGGUGCUAGUUAUGCAUGGCAGUUUGAGUCGCGAAAAUCCCAGAUCCUGAAGUGCAUGGAGUGUGGAAGCUCACAUGACACAUUACAGGAAUUGACCGCCCAUAUGAUGGUCACAGGACACUUCAUCAAAGUCACUAACUCUGCCAUCAAGAAAGGCAAACCAAUCAUGGAGUCAAUGUCCACAACAGCUCCUAACCCCAUACUUACUAAUGAAGACAAGGUACAGUCAGUGCCACUUGCUGCCACUGCAUUUUCCCCACCACCUCCUGCACCUCCUCCCCCUAGUAUCUCUCCUGCCAUCAUGCCCAUGGAGAUUAAAAAGGAGGAGAAGGAAGUGGAGUGUACAAGAGAAACAAAUAAUAACAAAGACAAGAAAGCAGCAGAAAGCGAAACUGAUGAGAAGUUUGAAGUUUCAUCCAAGUAUCCAUAUUUGACAGAGGAAGAUCUUGAAGAAAGCCCUAAGGGGGGGUUUGACAUUUUGAAGUCUCUUGAGAAUACAGUAACAUCUGCCAUCAACAAAGCACAGAAUGGCACACCCAGCUGGGGAGGCUAUCCCAGUAUCCACGCUGCCUACCAGCUUCCAAACAUUAUGAAACUCUCCCUGCGCAACUCAGGGAAAAGUUCUCCUCUGAAGUAUAUGUUUUCUGGAGAAGAGCUCCUGUCUCCUACCAAAAGCCAACCUCUAAUUUCACCACCUAGUUGCCAAACAUCCCCUUUUCCCAAAAACAACUUUCAUGCCAUGGAGGAGCUGGUCAAAAAAGUCACAGAAAAAGUGGCCAAAGUAGAGGAGAAAAUGAGGGAUCCUGGAGCAAGGUCUUCCCCUCUGAGACGGACCACACCCUCUCCGUGCAGUAGUGAUGCAGGGGAAUCUGCCAGAGGGGAGUCCCCUAAGGAAAGAAGAGGAGCCAAAACCCCUGAGACUAAUGGGGGCGGAAUCACUCACAAAGAAUCAAAUGGGGAUGCUCUUACAAAAGAGUCUCUGGAGAAUGGUACUGACCAUGUUGUCAAAACCCCAGUGUCCACCUUAUGUAGCAGCACUGCUAUUAUAACCGAUCAUCCUCCAGAGCAGCCAUUUGUCAACCCUUUAAGUGCGCUUCAGUCUGUCAUGAAUGUUCACCUUGGCAAAGCUGCCAAGCCUGCCCUGCCAUCCCUUGACCCCAUGAGCAUGCUUUUUAAGAUGAGCAACAGCCUGGCAGAGAAGGCAGCAGUGGCUGCCUCCACUCCAUCUCAGACCAAAAAGACGAAUGACCAUCUAGACCGCUACUUCUACCACAUCAACAAUGACCAGCCUAUUGAUCUGACCAAAGGCAAGAGCGAUAAGAGCAACUCUUUAGGAUCUGCUGCCCUGUCCUCCUCCACCUCCACACCCACUUCAAUUUCACCGUCAUCAACCAUCACCAUGGCCAAAGCCUCAUCCGCUGUGGCUUCCUUCAUGUCUAACUCACCUUUGCGUGAAAAUGCCCUGUCUGACAUCUCCGACAUGCUACGUAACCUCACAGAAAACCAUGCAUCUAAGUCCUCCACUCCAACAAGUCUGUCAGAGCGAUCAGACAUAGAUGGAUCUACACCUGAGGAAUCAGAGGAGAUCUCUCCUGCUCAGAAACGAAAAGGCAGACAGUCCAAUUGGAAUCCUCAGCAUUUGCUCAUUCUGCAGGCACAAUUUGCCUCCAGUUUGCGGCAAACAGGGGACGGCAAGUACAUUAUGUCAGACCUCAGUCCACAGGAGCGCAUGCAUAUUUCGCGCUUUACUGGACUCUCAAUGACGACCAUUAGCCACUGGCUAGCAAAUGUCAAAUACCAGCUGAGGCGGACAGGUGGCACAAAAUUCUUGAAAAAUCUAGACUCUGGCCACCCUGUCUUCUUCUGCAGUGACUGUGCAUCACAGAUUCGUUCCCCCUCUACCUACGUCAGCCAUCUUGAGUCACAUUUGGGCUUUCGGCUCAGGGACCUGGCUAAGUUGUCUGGAGAACAUCUUGUUAGCCAGAUCUCUCGCCACACCAAGGGACUAUCUGAGAAACUGCUUUCAGCCCAAGCGCAUUCUUUGGCUCAUACGAUCGCGAACCCAAGUCCUCACUCACUUUCCCCCUCCCCUUCCCCAGAUGAGGAGGCAAAUGGCACCUCAUAUCAGUGUAAACUGUGUAAUCGGACUUUUGCCAGCAAACACGCCGUCAAGCUCCAUCUGAGUAAGACCCAUGGUAAAUCUCCAGAGGACCAUCUUAUGUAUGUUAGUGAACUUGAGAAACCUUAG